AUGUCUGAUACAUGGUGGAAGGCAGCGGUGAUUUACCAGAUCUACCCUUCUUCGUUCAAAGACACGAAUGGAGAUGGUUGGGGCGAUUUGCCAGGAAUCAUCUCCAAAGUUGACUAUCUGAAGAACCUCGGGGUAGACAUAUUAUGGAUAUCACCAAUCUACAAAUCCCCUCAAGCGGAUAUGGGCUACGAUAUCGCCGAUUACAAACUUAUUGAUCCUAUCUACGGUACCAAUGAAGAUAUCGAUGUGUUGGUUGCCGAGCUAAAGAAACGCGACAUGAAGCUGAUGAUGGACCUCGUAGUCAAUCACACGUCCAAUGAGCAUGCCUGGUUCGUAGACUCGAUCUCUUCGAAGUCCAGUCCCAAACGCUCCUGGUACAUCUGGAAAGACCCAGCCGGCAGCGACUCCAACGGCGACCCCCUCCCACCAAACAACUGGUGCCAGCUGCUCGGCGACGCUAACAGCGCCUGGACGUACGAUCCAGAAUCGAAGCAAUUCUAUCUUAGCCUCUUCACGCCUGAGCAGCCAGAUCUGAAUUGGGAAACCCCCGAAGUGCGCGCUGCUGUACACGAUGCGAUGCGCUUCUGGCUAGACAAAGGCGUAUGCGGGUAUCGGAUGGAUGUCAUCAAUCUUAUUAGCAAGGAUCAACGCUUCCCUGAUGCACCCGUAACGAAUGAUGGUGGAAAGGCGAAGUAUCAUCCUGGAAGCAAAUGGUAUACUAACGGGCCACGAAUGCAUGAAUUUCUGAGGGAGGUGAAGAGGGAAGUCUUGGCGCCAUAUAAGGCGGUCACUGUGGGCGAGAUGCCGGGCGUCAGUGAUCCGGAUGAGGUUUUGAAGACCGUGCAUCAAGGAGAUGGCGAGUUGAGCAUGAUUUUCAUCUUUGAUGUGGUGGAUGUGGACUUCGUGCCUGGGGAGGGGAGACUGGCGUUGAGGCCCUUUAAGACGGGGGACUGGGUGAAGGAUGUGGUGAAGUGGCAAAGAGUCAUGUGGGAGAGGGAUGGGUGGAAUAGUGUGUUCAUUGAGAAUCAUGAUAAUCCGAGGAGCGUGUCGAGGUAUUGUGAUGACAGUGACGAAUGGAGGGAGAAGGGGGCGAAGUUGUUGGCGCUCAUGCAAACAACGUUGAGCGGAACCAUUUUCGUGUAUCAAGGGGAGGAGAUCGGUGUGAGGAACAUGCCGAAGUAUUGGGAUGGGGUGUUAGAUAAGAAGGCUAGAGACCAUGCAAGGACGCCGAUGCAUUGGGAUGGUUCUCCUCAUGGGGGGUUUUGUGGCAAAGAUGUGAAGCCCUGGAUGCGCGUAAUGGAUGACUAUGUGACAUUCAACGUUGACGUGCAGACGAAUUCCAACAGUGACGACGAUCUGAGCAUAUGGCAGUACUGGCAGCGAGGGCUUUCGAAUCGGAAGGCACAUGCCGACGCUUUUGUCCACGGUGAGUUUCAGUCAGUGGAUAAUGCCGAGGGUGAUGAUGUGUUCGCGUACCUCAAAGUGGGAAAAGAAUCAGGGACUUGGGUGAUCGUGCUGAACUUUAGUGGAGACGAGGUUCAGUGGAGAAUGCCCAGUAAUGUCAAAGUGCAAGGGUGGGUGGCAGGUAAUUAUUUGAAGGGAAAGCCAGACAAGCCAACAGAAGGGACCAUAGGACUGAGGCCAUUCGAAGGUCUACUCGGUAGAAGUGCUGCCUGA